AUGUCAUCGUCUUCCCGCCACCCCAAACCCACCGCGGACCCCCUGACCAAGGAGCAAAUCGAAGAACUGCGCGAAGCGUUCACCCUGUUCGACACCAACGGCGACGGAACGAUUUCCGGCUCGGAACUGUCCACCGUGCUGCGGGCCCUCGGCAAGAACGUCUCGGACGCCGAAGUCGAGGAACUGCUGAAGGAGGUCCGCACCGACGACGAGGGCCGCAUCCGGUUCGGGGACUUUGUGGCCAUGAUGACGGUCCGGUUGAAGGACUUUAACAACGAGGACCAGCUGCAGGAGGCUUUUCGGAUCUUCGAUCGGGACGGGAAUGGGCGGAUUUCGGCGGAAGAGCUACGGGUCGCGUUGAGGUCGUUUGGGGAGCAGUUGACCGAAGAGGAGCUGGAGGAGUUGCUGCGUGAGGCGGACGUCAACAGUGAUGGCCAGAUUGACUACGGGGAGUUUGUGCGGAUGAUUACGCAGUGAGGGUAAAGGGAAAGCCUUUUUUGGUU